GCCACUAAGCAGCUGCAGAAGGAAGUGCUCAACACCAUCUUCUUUCCCCUCCCUUGCUCUCUCUCCCGUCGGCUGAGGACGAGAAUGAGAGAGAAUGAGCCAGAGAGACACCCUGGUGCAUUUGUUUGCUGGAGGAUGUGGGGGCACUGUGGGUGCUAUUCUGACAUGUCCCCUAGAAGUUGUAAAAACACGAUUGCAGUCCUCCUCAGUUACCCUGUAUAUCUCUGAAGUUCAUCUGAAUACUUUGAAUGGUGCCAGUGUUAAUCGUGUAACUAGAGUUUCUCCGGGACCUCUCCACUGUUUAAAGAUGAUCUUACAAAAGGAGGGUCCUCGCUCACUAUUUCGAGGACUAGGCCCUAACUUGGUAGGCGUGGCUCCAUCCAGAGCAAUAUAUUUUGCUGCUUACUCCAACUGCAAAGAAACAAUGAAUAAUAUUUUUGAGCCAGACUCUACCAAAGUACACAUGACCUCAGCUGGAGUGGCAGGUUUUACAGCAAUCACAGCAACCAAUCCAAUUUGGCUAAUAAAGACACGGCUACAACUUGAUGCAAGGAACCGUGGGGAAAAGAGGAUGAGUGCUUUCGAAUGUGUGCGCAAAGUCUAUCGGUCAGAUGGAUUUAAAGGGUUUUAUAGAGGAAUGUCUGCAUCCUAUGCGGGCAUAUCAGAGACUGUUAUUCACUUUGUUAUUUAUGAGAGUAUUAAACGAAGGCUGUUGGAAUACAAGUCUGCUUCUGUUAUGGAUGAGGAAGAUGAAUCAGUCAAAGAAGCAUCAGACUUUGUUGGCAUGAUGAUGGCUGCAGCUACUUCCAAAACCUGUGCUACUUCUAUAGCUUAUCCACAUGAAGUUGUACGAACAAGGCUACGAGAAGAAGGAACAAAAUACAGGUCAACAAGCUGGGCCGCUAUCUUUAACAGUAAAGAGAGAGGAAAGGCUAAACAGCACAUUAAGAGUGGUCUAACAACACACUUGAUCAGACAGAUUCCAAACACAGCUAUAAUGAUGGCUACCUAUGAAGUGGUAGUCUACUUGCUGAAUGGAUAGCCAAUCUACCAGCUAUCUCUGGGAUGGAGGAAGACCAAAAGCUUGCAGUGGACCAUGUACUCUUUAGAAUGGGAGAUACCUAUCAAGAAAAAGCAGCUGUAGACAACAUGGAAAGCUGGUGGUAGGCAAUCGUGCUGCCUUAUCGUAUGGAAUCUUUGGCAAUGCGAUAAUCAGAAACUGCUCUCAAGGGAAUGCCUUCAAACACCUUGUAUUUUAACAUUUUCUUCAAUUAUGUCAGCUUCCCUAAUGCAGUGCAGUGAGCAUCAGGGACUUCCUUGUGAGUAUAGAGGGUCAUAAUGUGUGUUCUUUUGCAAGGCAUGCUGUGCUUUCCAACUCUUAUUGAUGGUUCUAAAUUAAUUGUUUGCAGUUGGAAGGGUACGUUUGUGUUCAUUUUGGAGCAGGUUCGUAUAUCACUUGUAUGGGAAACUCAAUUUUGCAGUUAAUAAAAUGAAAGAUUCACAUUAAGCUGCCCUUUUUACUAUCUCAGGGGGUCUGAAAGGAAGACCUAGGUUUCGCAGGAAAACAAAGUGGCCUUCAUUUGCACAGAUGGGGGGCAGGUAGAAAAAGGUAUGUUUUGUCUUGUUUUGUUUUCAGUGAGGUUCCAGUUUCAAUAAUAUUGGACUCUGGGAUUCCUAGAGCUGCAGGGGCACAUUGUUUAUAGGUAGCCCUGAGUGUUUACUCCCUGUGGGAACACAGCCUUAAGAAGAUCCACCUGAAAUUGAAAUGGAGCAUCUCUCUUGGGCAUAGUUGUGCUCAUGAAUCCCAUUGAUUUCAAUGGAACUUAAACACUUCUGUGUUACAGAUUAUGGCCUUGUUGAGUAAGGCAACUAUAUUUACUAUCAAAAUACAUGCUAGCCUUUGGGUGUGUUGGAAGGCUUGGAGUUCCUCUUUAAAUCCCUGAGAGCCAACAAACAGCAACUAAAGGGCAGGCUAUCAAGUGUUCAGCCUCUCAGCAUUACACUAGCUCUGAACAAGCUUUAUUGAUUACUUGUUCCUGCAUUAUUUAAUGUAAAACUGCAGUAGCUUGAGUACCGAAACGCUCCUGGGUUUAGAGAAUGCAUAAAGUUCAUUUUUCCCCCAUGUCAAAUCCAAGUGUGGCUAUCAAGACUUUGAUGUAAAUCUGAGAAGAGUGAUAGAAGCUGGAUCCCUUGGGUUUUAAGCAUUCCCUUAUGCUUUGUUGCUUGCUUCAUUCUGAAGCACUUUCCAAAAGACUGUAUAAAUGGAACCUUCUAGCCUUUUUAUAAUAAUUGAUUGUUGGAAAUAGAUUUUGACUCUCAUGUAAGAUGCUCUGCUACACUGAAGGGCAAGUUUUUCUUACUCAUACUAGCUACAUUUGUGUGUUGCUCCCCCCCCCCCCAACAACAACAGCGUAUUCAAAAUAACCCUUAGUUUUCUGUCAAGAAAAUAUAAAUCAAAGCUUUUGACAUUUGUUCUACAACUACUACUGCUUUAAGCAAUGAGGCUGUAACUUUCUAAAUGAAUAUUACUUAAAUAGGUAUAAUCAAGUAAUGUCCCCAGGGUAGAAGGUUAGUGAAUUUAUAAGUGUGUAUUUGUAUAAUGACUUUAUCCUUAAAAAUGUGCAUCUCUAAUGCUUUCCAAUUUCACUGGGUUGAAACAGUUUCCUUUUUUAUUUUUCACUUCAGUACACAGCCUCACCAUAGCUAAGACCUUUUAAGUCCAUUAAUUGGGAUAGUUAAUGGUAUGGUCAGGUCCCACACACUCUUAAUUUUGGCAGUUUUUGCUGUCUAUCUUCUAUCAGAAACUUUGUUCAGUUCAUGGAAAGCUCCAAAAUCAUAAGAAUUGCUUAUCCUGUGGGUUGUGCAGAUGCAGGUAUAUUGUGGGUUAGCAAUGCAAACUAUUUUCCGAUAGUUCUGGAAGCAUCCCAUAUGCAAGGUUUUUGAAGGACUAUUGGGUGGCUUUUCUGUUUGUGCCUGGUGUUUCCUUCAUCCUGUGGCAAGAAUAAUUUUAGAACGUUUAGUAUAAUGCUAAAUGUUCAGUACUAAAGAUGAUUCCUUGUUAGGGCCACCUGAGAUUGAGGGGACGGAGUAGAUCUUUUCAGGCUGGCAAGGGAGCAAUCAAAACUGCUUUUCUCUAGUAUUGUGAUUACCUGUUAUACAAACCUUAUGGCAAACUUGCAGACACUUUUAUGUUCAUUCAGAUAUGGAUAUGAAAACCUACUUCAGUCUUUUCUCCCCAUGGUUCUGUGUUAUAAGCCUGCUCUUCCUCCCAUUUAAAUAUUGGUGACAAAGACUAUUACUGGUACAAAUUAAAAAUUUACAAAUGUCUACUAUAAGAAUGUAAAAGUUAAUUGUAUCAUUUUUCCCCAUUAUGCAAUCAAGGUUAGUUCUGCUUCUUCAUGGAAGUCCAUAUUUUUAGUAUUAUUGUUAGCAUGUGUAAGAUGGAUUCAGUCAGCCAAGGCUUCUCCGUUGUGCAAGACAACAUGUGGCAGGAUUCUCGUGAAAAUAAAUGUGGUACUUCCUUUUUCUAACUUCAAAAUUUGGUAUACCAAAAAAGUGAUGGCUUCCAUGACCAUCCCGAGUUAGAGAAGGUUUUAAAGCACUACCAAAGGAGUGAAGCUGAUGGAGCAGAAUUUUUCUACUCCUUCCUUCCUGCUGCACCUUACUGACCCUCCCCUUCCCAAUGAACUGGGUAAGCUCUGAUAGAUGUGAAGUCAUGCUCUUCAAGUAGAAUGGGGUUUAAUGCUCAAAAUGGGAAUAAUUCUUGUUGAUUUCCCCCAUUUCAAUGUCGAGCUGUUCUGUAAAAUUCUCUGACCCGCACCCCAUGAGGAGCAUUAGAUGGAUCACAGUGGGGAUGCUCAGAGCAUGACUUUUCAGUCUUCAUAUCUGGACCUUAUUUUUCAUGGGACGUCUAUUUUUAUGUAAUAACUAUUUAACCAAUUACAUAUUUUGAAAAUCUUUGGAUACCUCUGAAAUGUUUCCCAAAGAAACUGUGUGUAGCUUUCCUUGUGUACUAAACAAGGAACAGUUGAAAUGUUUCUAAUGAAAAAAAAAUAUGACGAGGAUUUUAAAUGAAUAUCAUUACAAUAAAUUUUGCUCUCCUUUCCGCUGUGAUUUACUGAUAUUCCUAAAUUAAAAUAUGUUUAUCUAAUACAGUAGUUAUUAAACCACAACUCUUUGAAAAAGCAGCAUGUGAAAACUACUUUGUACACCCAACUUAUGCACCGUAAUUGGAACCUUGCUGUUGUGUACUUGAAAUAGUAUAUGAACAGUAAGCUUAACCAGAAGGUGGCAGCAUAACAUACGCAAUAGUAAGAAACAUAUGUCUUUAUAAUAUCAGUUGUAUCAAACUAACUUUUAAUGGAAGCCUGAGAAUGCUGGUUUAGUGCUGUAUACAUCAUGGGAACAAGCCAUAGUAAGUUCUUCUUAAUGAGUAGGCUUCUGUUUUAUAAAUUUGAGGUCCGGUACAUAACCAAGGAAUAAGCUUACCGCGCAACUGGGACUGAAAAGUUCUGCACUAAAGUCAACUGAAUGUAACAGCAAGUUUUGAUCUUGGGUAUUUUCGUGAUCCAUGAAGGGUUUUCAUUUUAAAAAUAUAUCAAACACAUGCUGCUGCAUUUUGUCAGGGUAAGGCACCAGUCUUGAAUACCAUGUUUGGAGCAGGUAUUUUUUUUGAAAAUUAAAGUCUUUCUUCCCUACAGUUAUAAUUGAAGACUGGGUUACAAAAAGCUACUUGAAGUAUGUCCACUUGUUUGUUGGUUUGUUUAAUUGUAAAAAGCUGAUUCCCUUACUAUAGCACAAACUGGUUUUGAAACUCUUCUUAGUGUGAAAAAUGGUUUUGCUGUGUGGGGCAAGUGAGACUUCUGCUUGGCAAACAAGCCUAAAACAUGCUUGGGCAUAUGGAAUUGAUAUGGUUUCCUGAACCCCAGUCUUAAUAUUUGUGUUUCCUGUUUAUGUUCAGAUACACUCCACAAAUUCCUUGAAACUAUGAUGUUAUGACACUUGUUUUUGUUAAUUCUAUUGGUUUUUACACUUCCUACUGAUAGUUUCAUUCCUUUUGAUAGCAGUAUUUUAAAGAAUGAUUGAUGCAAAUUGGAGGUUUCUUCCAUUGUCAAGUGUUUUGUUUUUGUUUGUUUUUAAUUCUGGAAAUAAGCAGUACACUAAUGUGUGCCUGUACAGAUGUACUAUGUAAAAAAGAAAAACAAAUUCUUAUCUGUCUCUCUGAAGACCUGAUCUGCACUAUUUUAGUUUAAUUUCAAGCAUCAACAUACCCUGUAUAUGUGAACAUAGUUUAAUACCCUAAGAAGUCAUAGUUAUUUGCCAGGUCCAAUGUUCUACUGCUCUUGUGAGGUUUGCUGCUGUUCUUGCAUAUGAAAACAAUGUAAACUUUUGUAUUUAUAUUCUAUUGGCAACUUUCAUUUGGACUGCUGAAAAUUUUGAAAUAAAAUGUGCUUAUUGAAAUACAUGAGAAA